CCCCCGGUUCCUCCCCCCCUCAUUCCCGCCGCCGCGGACAGUGCCCGUGUUCCCGCCGUGAGGCGGAGGGAGGGAGGGGCGCCGCCCGCCCCCGGCUGCCUCGCGCACCGCCAGCAGCGCCGGCUCCGCGCCCGGCUCCGCGCAGUCUUGAAAUCAAGAUUGAUGAACCAACACGAGAAGACCCAGCUGGGUAUGUGACUUGGAGCCCUGUGGAUGAAGCACUCAUUCGUUUUCAUAACACAACAGCGCGGUCCAGAGUAAGAACUGACCAUGUAGAUGCUACAGCUUGGGUGCAGCAUAAUGGGAAGUGGUGAAUGGAGUGGAGCUGGUCUGCAGCCUUGAAAGCAGCCAUUCUGCGGACCACUAGCCAGUCAGGGACACCUCACAGGCCAGAGGCAUUCUCCACGUCGCUCGCCUGGCACACGCUGGAUUCUUUUUAAUUUCUUAGAUUGGAAUUCAAGAUUCCUUUCCUUCAAUUUUUAAACAGUUUUAAGAUUGUAUCAACUAUAACAAGUGGAGCAAUAUAAUCAGCAACGAUGGGUGACAUGACAAAUAGCGAUUUUUAUUCCAAGAACCAAAGAAAUGAGGCCAACCAUGCAGGAGAGUUUGGGUGCACGCUGCAAGAACUGCGCUCCCUCAUGGAACUUCGAGGAACAGAAGCAGUAGUAAAAAUUAAAGAGACCUAUGGGGAAACAGAGGGGCUCUGCAGACGUCUGAAGACAUCGCCAACAGAAGGAUUAGCUGGCACUGCUGCAGACCUAGAAAAAAGAAAGGUUAUUUUUGGAAAAAAUUUUAUACCUCCAAAGAAGCCAAAAACAUUCUUACAGCUAGUCUGGGAAGCGUUGCAGGAUGUGACUCUUAUAAUCUUGGAAAUUGCAGCCAUCAUAUCUUUGGGGCUUUCAUUUUAUCAGCCGCCUGGAGAAGGGAAUGAAGGAUGUGGUACUGCAACAGGAGGAGCUGAAGAUGAAGGGGAGGCUGAAGCCGGUUGGAUCGAGGGUGCUGCCAUCCUGCUCUCCGUUAUCUGUGUGGUACUUGUCACUGCCUUCAAUGACUGGAGCAAGGAGAAGCAGUUUCGUGGACUUCAAAGCCGUAUUGAGCAGGAACAGAAAUUCACUGUUGUCCGAGGAGGACAGGUCAUCCAGAUCCCAGUGGCAGAGAUCGUGGUUGGUGACAUUGCACAGGUGAAAUACGGUGAUCUUCUACCUGCCGAUGGGAUAUUCAUUCAAGGAAACGAUCUUAAAAUUGAUGAAAGUUCUUUAACUGGAGAGUCAGACCAAGUCCGCAAAUCUGUUGACAAAGACCCAAUGCUGCUGUCAGGUACUCAUGUCAUGGAAGGCUCUGGACGAAUGCUUGUAACUGCUGUUGGUGUAAAUUCUCAGACGGGCAUCAUCUUUACUCUGCUGGGUGCUGGAGGAGAAGAAGAAGAAAAGAAAGAUAAGAAAGUAGAUUCUUGCCAUCCCUCCUCCCACCCUCCUUCAGCUACAGAUGGUGCAGCAGGUGCAAAUGCUACCGAUAAUGCAAAUGCCAGCUUAGUCAAUGGCAAAAUGCAGGAUGGGAAUAUGGAGAACAGCCAGAACAAAGCCAAGCAGCAGGAUGGGGCUGCUGCCAUGGAGAUGCAGCCACUGAAGAGUGCGGAAGGGGGAGAGGGAGAUGAUAAAGACAAGAAGAAAUCCAACAUGCACAAGAAAGAAAAAUCCGUUCUUCAGGGGAAGCUGACCAAGCUGGCAGUCCAGAUAGGCAAAGCAGGUUUGGUGAUGUCUGCCAUCACUGUUAUAAUCCUGGUACUGUAUUUUGCCAUUGACACGUUUGUGGUCAACAAGAAGCAGUGGUUGCCUGAGUGCACUCCUGUCUAUGUUCAGUAUUUUGUUAAAUUCUUCAUUAUUGGUGUCACUGUACUUGUGGUUGCUGUUCCUGAGGGACUCCCACUUGCUGUCACUAUCUCUCUGGCAUAUUCUGUAAAGAAAAUGAUGAAGGAUAACAAUCUGGUCCGCCACUUAGAUGCUUGUGAAACUAUGGGUAAUGCUACAGCCAUCUGCUCUGACAAAACAGGGACGUUAACAACCAACCGGAUGACGGUUGUUCAAGCCUACGUUGGUGAUGUCCACUACAAAGAGAUCCCUGACCCAGAUUCUGUACCUGCCAAAACCCUUGAUUUGCUGGUUAAUGCAAUUGCUAUCAACAGUGCUUAUACUACAAAAAUCCUGCCACCAGAAAAAGAGGGUGGCCUGCCUCGCCAGGUUGGCAAUAAGACGGAGUGUGGCCUCUUGGGGUUUGUCCUGGACUUGAAGCAGGAUUAUGAGCCUGUUCGGAACCUCAUCCCUGAGGAAAAACUCUACAAAGUUUACACAUUCAACUCUGUGAGAAAGUCAAUGAGUACAGUAAUCAAAAUGCCGGAUGGGAGCUUCCGAAUGUACAGCAAAGGAGCUUCUGAAAUUGUCCUGAAGAAAUGUUCCAGGAUCCUUAAUGCAGCUGGUGAACCUCGUAUCUUCAGACCACGUGACCGAGAUGAAAUGGUGAAGAAAGUGAUUGAACCCAUGGCCUGUGAUGGACUGAGAACGAUCUGUGUUGCGUUCCGAGACUUUAACAGCAGCCCAGAGCCUGACUGGGACAAUGAAAAUGACAUAUUAUCUGACCUGACUUGCAUUUGUGUUGUUGGCAUUGAAGACCCAGUACGACCAGAGGUCCCAGAAGCCAUAAGAAAGUGCCAGCGAGCUGGAAUUACAGUCCGCAUGGUCACUGGAGACAACAUCAAUACAGCACGUGCCAUUGCUAUAAAAUGUGGAAUCAUUCAUCCAGGAGAAGACUUUCUCUGCCUGGAAGGGAAAGAGUUUAACAGGAGGAUCCGAAAUGAGAAGGGAGAGAUUGAGCAAGAGCGGAUUGACAAAAUCUGGCCAAAGCUUCGCGUGCUUGCUCGCUCAUCUCCCACAGACAAGCAUACUUUGGUAAAAGGUAUCAUCGACAGCACACAGGUGGAGCAGAGGCAGGUCGUGGCUGUGACCGGAGAUGGAACCAACGACGGGCCGGCACUUAAAAAAGCUGAUGUUGGCUUUGCAAUGGGUAUUGCUGGAACAGAUGUUGCAAAGGAAGCCUCCGAUAUCAUCCUAACGGAUGACAAUUUCAGUAGCAUUGUGAAGGCUGUGAUGUGGGGACGGAAUGUCUAUGACAGCAUUUCUAAGUUCCUGCAGUUCCAGCUUACCGUUAACAUUGUGGCUGUGAUUGUGGCAUUCACUGGAGCAUGCAUUACCCAGGACUCCCCUCUAAAAGCUGUACAGAUGUUGUGGGUAAACCUCAUUAUGGACACCUUCGCCUCACUUGCUUUGGCCACUGAACCUCCAACAGAGGCUCUGCUGCUACGAAAGCCAUAUGGCAGGAAUAAACCUCUUAUAUCCCGUACCAUGAUGAAGAACAUUCUGGGCCAUGCUGUUUAUCAGCUUACCCUCAUAUUUACACUGCUUUUUGUCGGUGAGAAAAUGUUUAAGAUUGACAGUGGGAGGAAUGCACCACUGCACUCCCCUCCUUCAGAGCAUUACACCAUUAUCUUCAACACCUUUGUCAUGAUGCAGCUUUUCAAUGAAAUCAACGCACGGAAAAUCCAUGGCGAAAGAAAUGUCUUUGAUGGCAUCUUCAGAAAUCCCAUUUUUUGCACUAUUGUACUGGGUACAUUUGCUAUUCAGAUAGUUAUUGUCCAGUUUGGAGGAAAACCAUUUAGCUGCUCUCCCCUGCAGCUGGACCAGUGGAUGUGGUGUGUAUUUAUUGGAUUAGGAGAACUUGUGUGGGGUCAGGUCAUUGCAACCAUCCCAACAAGUAGGCUAAAGUUUUUAAAGGAGGCAGGGAGACUCACUGAGAAGGAGGAGGUCCCUGAAGAAGAACUCAAUGAAGAUGUUGAAGAAAUUGAUCAUGCAGAGAGAGAACUUCGACGUGGACAAAUUCUCUGGUUCAGAGGGCUCAACAGAAUCCAAACCCAGAUCCGUGUCGUCAAGGCAUUCCGUAGCUCUCUCUAUGAAGGUUUAGAAAAACCAGAAUCUAGAACCUCUAUUCACAACUUUAUGACUCAUCCUGAAUUUAGGAUAGAAGACUCCCAGCCCCACAUCCCACUCAUUGAUGACACAGACCUAGAAGAAGACUCUGCUCUCAAGAAAAACUCAAGUCCACCGUCUUCGCUGAACAAGAACAACAGCGCUAUCGACAGUGGAAUAAAUCUUACAACUGAUACAAGUAAAUCAGCUACCUCUUCUAGUCCAGGAAGCCCAAUACAUAGCCUGGAGACGUCACUUUAGCUGAAAAGUUCACUGCAAAAAAAAAAAAAAAUUGAAAUAAAAUCAAAUAAAACAACCCACAGCAACAUAAAUAUAUAAAUAUAUAUAUUAAAAACAUUGCUGGCUGAAAAGCUGUUUGAACUCUUAUUCACUCUGAGACAAGUGAAUGAAUUGUUGAUCGAAAUGGUUUUGGGGAAAGAAUGAAUGGCUGAUUUACAUACCCCCACCCUUGUGCCCUUUCCGAAAAACAAACAAAACUCCUCCUGCAUGAAUGUACUGUCACUGCUGGCCCUUCUUUCUCUCCUUUGGUUUCUUUUGAUUUCCUUUUUUUUUCUUCCUCCUUAAGCAGGAACUGCAGAGGACUUCUUUCUGAGGCUAUUUAUCCGAAUCACUGGUCUGUGAGUUUUUUGAAAUGCUUGUGUGGCAUGGACUCAAUUGUAUAGAUUAAUUUAAAUAACUUUUUUGAAGUUGCAAAGCUUAACUUGCACAGUAGAUUUGCACCAGUUGGACAGAGGAACUUAAACAUUUAUGAGACUAUAUAUAGAGAUAUAUACAUAUAAGUAUAUACAUAAUUAAUUAUAUAUAUGUAUAUAUCUAUCUAUAUAUAUAUAGUUAUAUAUAUAUAAAGUUUCUUUGUUGGCAUGUUGCCUUGUUUCUGCUCAAAUUGCUCUGACUAUUUUAACUUAUUUAUGUCCUAAAAAGAAUGUAAUUUGUUUACAAUCCUGUAGAUAAUAUCCUUAACUAUUUGUAGGGUUAAGACAGCACUUCCUGCCGAAGUAGUAUAAAAUGGCUCAGCUCAGCUCAUUGAAAACAUGUGUAAUAUCGCACCCUGGAUAUUUUAUUACAACUGUAUUCUGAUUUCUGCCUGAUUUUUGGUUUGGGUUUUUUUUUGUUAAAUAAUGUAGAUACUGCUAGUCAAUAACAAAAGGAGCCAAACUAUAACACAUUGGAUGUAGCAUUGUGAUCCUAUAUACAGGGAGGUAAAACAGGCUUCCUUUGUUUCAAAUAAAAAUCAAAAUGAUCAGGUUCUCUCCUUUUUUUUUUUUUCCCAUCUUCUGAUAAUCUGCUUCAAUUUGUUUCAGUGGAACAUACAGUAACGGAGGCUAUUUCAUUCUUUAAACAUAUGGCAAUGGCUUCCAAAAAUAUUUUGAGAGAGCUAUUAUAUGAAACUGAGUUGGGUUUAUAAAGAUAAUUUAAAGUAAGUUAUCUAUGUCUAUACAGAGAUAAAAACUAAUGUUAAAAUAUUGUGAUAUAUUGUGUUAUCCUUUUCAGUUAGUAAUUUAAGCAUUUAUUUCCUUACUACUUGCAACGUGUGGGCUGUUGGCACUUUGGAUCAAAAUCACUGUAGGUUGUUGCUUUGGGAUUUUUUUUUU